AUGCGCGACGAGCUCGUGUACUGCCGGCCGCACUACGAGCUGCUCUACAGCCAGGACGCGGCCGGCGCGCCCUACUGCGACCUCGAGGCCGCCUUCCGGGCCGGCGCCGGCGCCGCCCCCUGCGGGAAGGGCCGCCCCCGCAAGAGGAAGCUGCCGUCCGCCGUCGAGCCGCAGGACAUGCCCGUGGGCCUGCGCAUCCCCGCCGCCGCGCUCGAGAUGCUGCACCCCUCGGAGCUGUCCUCGUCCAUGGAGUCCCUGGGGUACGACUCGUCGGUGACGUCACCGGGGAACCCGGCCGGCCAGCAGCAGCAGCAGCAGCGCACCAAGCGCAUGCGCACCUCGUUCAAGCACCACCAGCUGCGCACCAUGAAGUCCUACUUCGCCAUCAACCAGAACCCGGACGCCAAAGAUCUUAAGCAGCUCGCGCAGAAGACGGGGCUGUCGAAGCGAGUCCUCCAGGUGUGGUUCCAGAACGCGCGCGCCAAGUGGCGGAGGAACCUGAUGCGGCAGGAGGGAGGCGGACAGGGGCAGCGCGCCGCCGGCCCGCCCCCGGGGUCGGCUCUGCUAGGCUGGCCGCUGCUGCGGCCCUGCUUCGCUGACGCGCCUGACGCCCCCACCACGCCGUGA